CACGAAUUACUGCAAUGCAUCAUCUAAGCUGCCACUGUGACCACGCCUAAAUGUCAGUUUGGAUCUAGAGGCUUUCGUCCAGCGAAGAGGAAUGGUUCUAUUGCUCAGCAGGAAGCACCGCCAGUGUGUGUGUGUGUGAGAGAGAGGGAGAGAGAAAGAAUAGAAAGGGUGCAGAGAAAGCGAGCGAUCCUGUAGUUUAGCUGUGAGUUUGGCCACCAUAAUGCGGCGGUGUUCUGCAAUCGCGGAGUGUGAAAACGUCUGUGGUGCCGCGCGUGCGCUGGACUGAUCAAACGGAGAAGUUCAUUGGAGUUGAUGUCUGCAGAAUCCCGGCCUCUCUGCAGAGGGCUUCAGCACAACUGAUGACGAUGAGGAGGUGGCUCGCGAGCGUAGGAGAAACGCUCGGGAGGAACGAAUGAAAAAGGCGGAGAUGGAGGAGUCUAGCAGCGGCACCGUGACAACAGAGGUCAACAACACUCACAGUGUGACAGAGACAGAGUCCUCCUCCAACGGUGCAGAGGUGAGCUCCUCAGCAGGUGAUGGGGAUGACGUGGUACUCCUGGACCGCCUGGCCAAGCGGGAGGAACGCAGACAGAAGAGGUUGAAAGAGGCACUGGAUAGACAGAAGGAGUUCGACCCUACCAUCACCGAUGGUAAUGAGAACAGCCAGGAGGAGACCUUCUCUAGCGGGCGCCACCGAGGCACAGAGGAGGAGAAGGAGGAAAAAACAGCCCAGGCGGAAGUAACCACCAACUCCUGGAGUAGAGAGGAGGAGAAGGAGGUGAAAGAAGAGGAAGCGACGCCAAAGGAGGAAGAGCCUGAACCCGUCACAGAGCCUGAGAAAGCUGAGGAGGUGGAGGAAGAGAAGAAAGAGGAAGAGGUUGAAGAAACACAAAUAGUACCAGAAAAAUUGAUUGAAUUUGUUGUACCCGCUGCACCACUACAAGAGUGCAUGUUUGAAAUAUCAAUUAUGCCCAAGAUGGCAGUAGAGGAGAAAUCUGUUGAAGAGAUAUCUAAGAAAGAAGAGGAAGAAAAACAGAAAAAAGAGUUGGAAGAAAAAGAGGCUGCAGAAAAACUCAAGAAAGAGGCUGAGGAAAAGGCUGAAAAAGAAAGGAAAGAAGCUGAAGAGAAAGCUGCUAAACUUAAAAGAGAAGAAGAAAAAGCUGCAAAACUUAAAAAAGAAGAAGAAAAAGCUGCAAAAUUGAAGAAAGAAGAAGAAAAAAAUGCACAACUCAAGAAAGAGGCUGAAGAAAAGGAAAAGGCUGUAAAACUGAAGAAAGAGGCUGAAGAAAAGGAAAAAGCUGCAAAACUCAACAAAGAAGAAGAAGAAAAAGCUGCAAAACUCAACAAAGAAAAAGAAGAAAAAGCUGCAAAACUCAAGAAAGAAGAAGAAGAAAAAGCUGCAAAACUCAACAAAGAAAAAGAAGAAAAAGCUGCAAAACUCAAGAAAGAAGGAGAAGAAGAAAAAGCUGCAAAACUCAAGAAAGACGCUGAAGAGAAAGCUAAAAAAUCUAAGCAAGCAGAGGAAAAAAAGAAAGCUGAGGAGGAAAAGUCAAAAAAGCGGUCUGAGAAGGUGGAGUUGGAGAAACCGAAGUUAAGGUCAGUGAAGAAAGACGAGAAAGAGUCCUCCCUCUCCAAGCAGCAGAACGGAGGUGUGUCGCGCUCCACCGAGGCCGAGGACCAGGAGCGCCUGGAGGCGGAGCGUAAGCUGGAGGAGCUGAAGCGGCGUCGUGACGAGGCGGACAACGAGGAGUUUGAGAAGAUGAAGCAGAAACAGCAGGAGUCUGAGGCCGAGCUGGAGGAGCUGAAGAAGAAGAGGGAGGGGAGGAAGAAGAUCAUUGAGGAGGAAGAGAAGCAGAAGAAGGCAGAGAUGGCAGAAAAGAAGGCCAAGGAGCAGGAGGAGAGGAAGAGGUUGAAGGAAGAGAUAGAGCAAAGAAGAAAAGACGCUGCAGAGAAGAAGAAACAGAUGAUAGAGGAAUCGGGCGACGGAGACAAGAAACCCUUCACAUUGGGUGUCACGCCCAAGGGCAAGAUUGGGGAGAGAGCAGAAUUCUUGAACCAGAGAGCCCAGAAAGGCUGUAAGACAUCACAUGCUCCUAUUGUCUCCAAGAUAGGCAACAGACUGGAUUUAUACACUGCUGCAGUUCAUACCAACCGGGAUGUGAGGUCUCCUAAGUCUCCAGUCUCAGACCUGCCAGAGACACCAAGCAUCCGCAACAUCAAGAGCAUGUGGGAGAAAGGGAACGUUGGGGUGGCCACUGAGAGCCCCAAGUCUAUGAAUAAGGAUGCUGCUGAUAUUAAAGUGGGUGUGGCUGGACUGACUAAAGGCUGGGGCAAGAGCCCGGCAGACACUGGCAAGGCAGCCGCAGCCGCAGCUGAGAAGGCUGAAGACCUGAAACCUGUUGAUGUGGGCAACAAGCGCAGCCUAUGGGAAACAAAGGGCUCUUCCCCUGCUAAGGUGACAGUUGGAGGCAAGACCAAAUCUGUCACAAAUGCAGGUGUGGGACGCUAAUGAUCCAAAGUAAAAACCCCGAGGAAGAACAGCCAAAAACUGAUGAAAUACAAGACUCUACUAUGUGUAUUCAUAACCAAAAAAUAUAUCCAUAACAGCCUUGCAGGGGUUGGAACCCAAAUUAUUUUCCAAUCAUUUAGUUCUGAACAGAAUUUUUUGUUGUUGUUGUUCCAUUCCACUGUUCUGACCAACACGUUCUGAACCUGUUCGAACCCCCCAAAAAAAAAAAAUAUUGCGUUCCUUUCUGUUCCUUUUUAAACCUCUGAAAUCUAUUUUUCUACAUGACUUCACCAAUCAUUGCGGAUAGAGCAGGAUGCUACGGAGUGGGCAAGCUAUAGUUGUUAACAUGCAUUGGACAGACAAGUGUAGGUCGAGAGAUGCGACUCAAAUUUUGAGGGUGGGGAGAGAGCGAGAGAGGGUAGAGGAGGAGGCUUGGCUAGAAGUGCUGGGCAUCUUGUUAUGACAUGCAUUUUCUGAAUUAGACCCACAGAAUUAUAGCUACGGAGGAGCGGCUUCUAUGAAGGAACUUUGAAUGUCUUUGAACUUCCGAGAGUUGGCUUAACGUUGGACCAGAGCUAUAUAGCUUGAUAACAAGCUUGUGUGUGCUAUAAUAUCCUUAACUAGCAAUGAAAAAGUUAAUCCAUUCUUCUCUACAAAAAAAUCUUUCCUUCAUUUCUGAAUCACGCUUGUAACAUCAGUAGGCUACAGUAGCCUAUGCUUCAGAGAGGGAGGGGCAUGUAGCCUACACACGCGUAAAAACUGGCGAAGAUUUUCAGCUGGCAGGCACACACUAGAAUACGUUUUUGAGUGUGGACUUUGCAUAGGUGCUUUGUUGCGUUUUUUGUGGGACUGGGAAAAAAUCCCCAGAAUGUAAAAUAACGUUAUUAAACAGUUCCUAUGCUUUUACAAUAAUGGUUCUGUUCCAGAACAGUAUACUGUAGAUCACUUCAAUUCCUGGUUCUGAUUCUGUUCAUCGAAAGAUGUCAUUAUUUUCCGUUCUGGUCCCUGAAACGGUUCCAACCCCCAGCCUUUGCACAAUCCCUUGUACAUCCUCAUAGAAUUUACGCUGUGAAAAUGAAAUUUGGAAAUCAUUUAUGUUAGUGUCAUGAAAAAUAUUGUAUCCCCCCCACCCUUUUGGGCUCGACUUAAUUUCUUUGAUAAACAAAAGAAAUUCAAAGAAUAGAUAAGAAACCUUCAAAAAAAAAAAUCAAAGUUAUCCAAAAUGCAAUGCGUCUUCUGAAGAGAUACACUAAGAAUUGAAUAAGGUAUCGAUCCAAAUAGCCACACCGAACUGAAUUUUGUUGUACUUUUAUUUUCUAUUUUUCAAGAAAAGCUUCCAGUUGCGUAAGGUUGACAUUAGUUGGCAGUCUGAUCAUAUACAUGUACCACCUAUAUGUCAGGAUAGAUGUUUGUCACAUUCAUCGCUUCGAGAUCUUUGCUCACAGUGUAAUGGUGAUGUGAUGGUGUCAUUGCAGUGCAUAUUCACAUUAUUCAGUCGUACAGUAUGUAUGGGGUAUUUUAGUUAUGAAUUAGCAGUAUACACACUAUCACGGCUUUUUUGACAUGUGAUCACAUGUUGUAUUCCAUUUGUGGAAAUGUCAAAAUGACUAUUAUUGCAUCACAGCUGUUUUUUUCCUCCCAAAUAUACUUUUCGUUGACUGAUACUUUUGUCCCGCUUAGGUUUGGGCUGAUAAACCUCUAAAUACUUGACCUAUUUUAUGUUUACGGAUGUCAAUAUUCGGACUGCCACAUGGUCACGAGGAGGCUGUCCUAAUAUGGACACCGUACACAUGUAUAUUGAAUGGCUCUGCUCUCCAGGUGACAUAAACCAUGAACAACAACUUAUUUCCCAAUAAGCACUGGUUGCUAAACUAACCCCCUUCAAAAUCAUUGGAUAAAUAAUGCCCAGGACUGUAGCAAGAUUAUCGGGGGGUUAAUCACUCCUUGGUUGGGCUUAAAGGUCUCAAUGUAUAAUAAGGCUAUUGGAAUGAAGAGCUAUCCAGGAAAGGUGUGACCGUUUGACUAAAGUUAACAAUCAUCCAUAGAGACAGGAGUCGUAUCACAUUGUUCCAUGAAGAUUUUCACAACUAAACCAAAGAGACGAGGUUUUUUGGACCAACGUUUUAAACAGUGAGGAGGUAUAGAUGCAGUAAAGAGGUCAAUGGAACAUAGACCAUGGGGGAUAGAAGGACACCGGAUCGGGAGCACAUUCAACAAAUCUCAAAUCAAAUUGGAUUGGUCACGAUCACGUGUUUAGCAGAUGUUAUUGCGGGUGUAGCGAAAUGCUUGUAAGAGCUAGAAGCGAGGCGGCCCUCUCUGUCGGCGCCAUCUCCUCCCCUAUCUGAUCUAACAAAGUCAAAUCUGUCAUGAUUUAUAUAUUGUAACAGGUGCACAAUGUCGUUACUAAAGUUCGAUUUGGAUAAAUUUGGCUGUUUACGCUGCAUAACAUUUAGAAGUAGUGACCGCUAAAUGCUAACUCCCAUUCGUAGAAGCUGGUAGCGUAGCUAGCAUAGAAAAAUCGGUGGUGGUAGUGAAAGUCGUUUUUAACUGUAAUGCAGUUGAUUGAUGACAAUGAUAUAAACAUGUAUUGGGGUAGACAUCAAUACAAGCAUUAUUCUCCAAUUUUUUACCUCAACAUAGUUUCAAAGACACAUAGACAAUAGCCUAAAUGUAGGCACAUUUUGCUCGGGGCAAUAAGGAGAUUCAGGAACUUUCCUCCAUGGCAUCUUUCCCCCAUGCGUUUCCAUGGCAUUUCCAUUUCCAUUGUUUUGGUCGACUUCUAUUGACCUCGUUACCGCAUCUAUCACUUCAAAACCAAAUAUGUCAAAUGUUCUGGGGAUUCUUAAGAAUGUUCUCUUUUGUUUACACAUUUUCACAUAAUUCAUUGUAUUUUAUUUUUUAAGGGAAUCUUUGCAUCAUUUUUGAAACAACAUGGGAAUUGUUCCCACAGAGUAACAUGAGCUGAGAUUUGCACCAUAUUGCAAGUCAAGGGGAAAAGUAAGUACCCAUCUGUCUAUAUACAGUUGACUUUACUGAUGUAUACCAAAAUACAAUACUGUACUCGGCGUCUAAUUAAAAUACAGUUCUUUACUCACUGAUGUUUGACUUUGGCAUUCUUGAGUAUGAGGUGGUAUCGAUCUCUGUGAAUGCUCCUUUUUGUUUGAAACUUGAGGCAAAGGAGAGUAUUGUAAGUCAAGUAAGUCCUAAUGUCUAUUGUAAUGAACUGCCUUGUCCAAAGGUUUCGAUUCGAGAUGUUCUUUGUCCCUGCUACAUCAAUAAAACAAAUAUAAAAAGCUAAGAA